AACGUGAACAAUCGAUAUUUAUCGAUAACAAACGUGUCAUCACCUGUCGUCUAAAAAUGUCAUAGCAAAACGGAAACGGCGAAAGUUGUGAAAAAAAAGAACAGCAGGAUUAUUAAUGUGUGAAGUGGUGAAAGGAGUGUCGAAGAAGAAAUAUAAGGAAUUAAGUUUUUUACGGAAUUUAAUUAAUAAAAUCUCUAGAUACCCAUUAAAAAUGUUGUUAAAAUCUUUACGCUCAAAAGCGUAAAUGCAUCGGUAAAAUUAAUAGAACGCAAAAUAAAGAGAAACGUUUGCUUAGUAGAAUUUGAAAAUCAAAGCAGAAAUCCACAAAUAGAUAAGAACAUAAUUUGAACUGUGACGGCACAGCAACAGCCACCUCACACAGCAACUGUUGCUGCUGCCGCUGUCGCUGCAACCUACACGGCCUUUGGGCAACGCAAGCCCUUUAGGCAAGAAUUUUUUUUUGGUAUUUGAUUUGCGAUUAGAGGCUAUUUUAGGUGAUACACUGCUGACAGCAAACAUGACCUCAGCCGUGGAUAUACAAAUAGUUUCGGCACCCAACCUGAAUAAAAUUGAAAAUUUCUUCAAAGAUGUUUCGUAUCGCGAGACAAUCGAAUUCAGUGCUAACUUUAAUACACGUCUGUGUUUGGAACGCCGACUGCGCGUACCUUUUUUCGAUCCUCAAACCCGUGUUGCACAAAAUCAUUCACAUCUCUUCAUGGACAAACGGCAACGGAUGCCAGGGUUUCGUCAAGGGCAAAUCUACACAUACCCGGCAACGCGUUGGCGCAAAAGCCGGCGCCAGUAUCUGAAUAAAAUGUACCGGUUUCCCGAUCGGCCAUUUCAAGCAUUGCGCAAAGAUAACGAAACCAGCGCACAUAAUAUAACCACUGGCCUAGUUACGUCGCCUUUGGUUGGGUCCAGUGUUAGCUCGAUACUUGAUGCCGAUUUGAAUGGCACAUUGCUAGAUGAAUCGCUCUCUUUGGGCGCAGCUGGUGGCGACACAUCAGACAGCAAAGAUAGUCAGCAAUUAAUAGUGCAGCAACAGCAAGCGCACCAACCGCUGAAGGAUGACAUGUCAAAGGAAUGGUUCUACGAUGAUAUUGAAAUUAACGAGCUAGACACACUGGAAGAUCCCAAGUCACCUGCCGAUGAUGAAUUCGACUAUGAUCCACGUUAUGGCACCAAAAAGCGUCGAAAGCGGCGUCCAAAUAAACGCAACUCAACUGGAAUGGGCGAGGGAGGCGGCAGCGGCGCCGGCGCCGGCGGUGGUGGACGGCGUCGUACUGGCGGGCAUCGCGGCCGAAGCUCGGCGGCCUCUACACCAGCAACCGUUUCUGAUGCAUCACUCUCGGCACUGGACACAAAUGAUGGUAACAGCAGUGGCUUAACUGGUGACAUUACAGCAACACCAACAUCGAGUAGUGGUACUGGGCGGCGACCGCGAGGUACAGGUGGCACGCGUGGGCGUCGUCGUACAAAAGUGAACAAUUUAAAUGUCUGUGAUCCGCCUAGCCCGGGAUUGAAUAGUGAACCGCCCUCCUUUGAAAGUGCUGCAGCGGCGGUGGGUGUGAUGGGUGAUCUAACAGGUGUUGGCGUUGUGAGUGAUGAGCAAGCCGAUUUAAGGAAUUAUCGCAAGUUCCUGUAACAAAGUGGCCACGUUGCCAGUUGCGCGAAAAUUUUACAGCGUAAAAAAGAGAAAAACAAAGCUAAUUGGUUGUUGGAUAUUUAGUUGUUGAAAAGUCAAUUUAUGUUGUGUCAUUACCUUGCACAGCAAAACAAUUCCACGCACUAUUUUUUUAAACUUAAGAUGUCAAUUUGUCGCACGCUCAAUGCAAUAGAGACACAACUCGGAAACUUGCGUUGGCACGGUUGCAUUCACAAAUAAAAUGGAAUUGCAUUCAUAUUUUCGCAGACAUAAAUAAUUUAGAUUUGUUGUUUUGAUAGGAUGCCGAGUUUGCUGUGAAGCUACAGAACAGCCAGUACUACCGAACCUAACCUAGAAUUUCAUGCCAAGCGUUUUUAUAGCAGAAAGCCAUAGCGCCUAGAAUGCUUGAGAAAUCUAGCUUAAGCGCAAAUUGUACUGAGUGUUUCAAAUAAAAAGCAACAAAAAACUCAAAACUGCGAGUUGUUACCCUCUUGCAUUGCGUGUGCGAUAUGCAAGUGCGUAGUGCGCUUGUCUGCGUCGAAAUCAAACUGAAUUCACACAGGACACUUAUGAAUGAUUCGGUGUCAAGAGAUGCGUGAAGGCGGUAAAUUGCAUGGCUUAAUUGGAAAAAUAUUUAUAAAAUUAGCGACAUACAUUUAACCAAAGCACCUAAUCUGAAUUGUGGAAACAUUUUUAUUUUUUCAUGCUGAUGAAUCUAUGAAUUGUUAAGCACUUUCGCACAGAAUUUUUCUUUAUAUAUUAUUUUAUAUAUACUUGAUAACAAUUGCUUUAAAAAUGCAUUAGAAAACAAAUUACAAUUCUAUCUGAAUUAGAUUUUAUAUAAGCGCGUGGCUGUCUAAUGUGAAAGAGAAUUGUUAUCACACAAAUAUAGUAUGCAUAUAUGUGUAUGUAUGUAUAUGCAGAAUUUCGCAAAACGUUACUAUGCUCACAGCAACAAUGAACAAUAGAGAGUUGAUUUACAAGCACGCCUUUGUUAUUGUACCCAAACUAAGAGCAGAUUAUAAUAGUAAAUUGUUUUUAUUUUUAUUUUUACUUCUUAAUUUGUUAUUUAAAAAAAUAGCUAUGUGAAUUAUUAGCAAAAUGAAAUAAGAUUAUUAUACUUAUUUAAAAUAUAUGUAUGUAUUUAUACUGACCAGAGAAACUAUUGAUUCGCGGCUUGUGUAUAUUGCUUUGAAUUGUAGAAUAUCUUUACGUACUAUACAAAAAUAUGUUUGUAUGUUUGUAUUUAUUGAUAUGAAUACGGUUUCCUUUGUAUUGCACGCAUAUGUACAUAUGUAUAUAAAAUACCUAAUUAGUUACAUAAAUAUAAAUUUAGCAUAUGCGCGCUGGACAAAUACACACAUACAUAUGUACCAUAUACGAACUUCAUUGUUAUGUAAUUUAUACACACAAACAAAUACGACUAAAUGUAAUUUACAUGAAUUGAAACAAUUUACCACUUACAUACAUAUAGAACUAUUUACUGAAAUGGAUCAAUCAUUAAAUGAGAUGACUUUGAAGCUAAUACACAAAUGCGUGUAGAGCAGCAUUUUAACAGAAUUUUACGAAAGCAUUUGAACAUCUUAUUAAUACAUAUGUACAUACAUAUAAUAAAUACUACGAGUAUGAAGUCCGCCAAGCGGCAAGAAAUCAUAAAUAAAACAAAAACUGAAUAAAAGCACAUUUGAAGCGAGAGAGUGAAUAUAUCGAACUUUAAGCUACGAAGGCGAUUUUCGAAUAUUUAAUACAAAUUUAUCACUUAAAUAGCUGUUAGCUGGCCCCUGAUGUUUUAUAUGAGACGUUGCAAUGUUGUAUGUUAAAUCACUUUUCACACCUUUACCGUUAUCAAUUAUUUACAAAACGAAAUAAAAAUGCAAAUAGCUUAGCGCAAUUCAACUUUUUACAUUCACUUGCAAAUAAUGAUUACUUAAGUUUUACAAAAUCAAAAAAACAACAAAAAAAUAUAUAUACAUAAAUGCAUAAAUUAAAUGAAUGUGUA